CUGUUAAAGACAUCCAGGACUGUUGCCAAGACAAAAAAAAGAUGGCAAUACCUAUUGAAGAGUUGGGAGAGAAGCACAACAUGAAACCUGAUGAUGUCCGGAAGACAUUGCUCUCCUUCCAUGAUUUGUCUGGAGUAGGUUACUUUGCGGGACUUCCUAAUGUUGUAUUCCUGAAGCCUCAAAAUCUUGUUGAUGAUAUAUCACUUCUCAUUAGCAUCUCAUUCUCUGAGGGAAGCGACUAUAUAGAAGAUACGCUAAAUAUUUUUGACAUGCCAAACGAUGCCUUGGAAAAUAUGCAACAUGGGUAUUUUAAGAAGGAGGUAAUCGAAAAAAUUGCUCGUUCUUGUAAACCAUCCAAUUUGCUUACAUUGAUGAUAGAGUUACACAUCACUGCAGAGUUUGAAACUAAUAAAUAUUUCCUUCCCUGUGUUUUACUUACGGCCGGUCAAGAAGAACUUUCAACAUUUCGAGAAUCUUACCGUAAAAAAGUGGAGCCAUUGAUUGUAUCCUGGAAUAACAAGGUUAUACCACGAGGACUGUUUUGUACGCUCAUUACAUUUCUCCUUAAAGAUGCUAGGAUAAAACUAGUUGAAUUGACAAACAAACGAGGCAAACCAACCAACUUCUACAGAAAUGCCAUUCAAUUGGUUUACAACUUGUCUGGCGGAAUCCUCCUCAUCGACUCUGUGACGUACAUAGAGAUUUAUUACCAAUGGGCAGCAAGCCAACUGCUAUGAAAUAAAGGAAUUCAUAUUUGAAUGCUUAUGUACAGCAAUCAAAGAGCUUCACUGCAGUCAUGACUAUUUAAAGCUACAAAUACAAUUUUUCUGCAAGUGCGGACAUCCUUCAGUUCACCUGUGUCUGCUCAGUGAGCUUGACCUUAAAACGCUUACCUGCCUGUGCGGUAUUGUUUCCACUUCAGAGGUUACCACUCGACAGCGCCCAUGGCUAGGUGACAAAGUAUAUCUACACGAGCCACCACCUUUAGAUGAGCUAUGUGCCAAUAUUGAAGUUAUGGAGCCAGGAAAAGUACAAUCUCUAGCUAUUCAGCUUAAAAUAUCAGAUUAUCAGCGAAAUAUUAUUUUUCACCCUAAUUAUUUUUUUGUCAGACUAAAUGGUGUUUUUGAAGCUUGGCUAAAGGAGUGCUCUAAACCAACAAGAUAUCAAGUUAUUGAAGCAUUACGUGCAAUAGGGGAUUACAAAGCUGCACACGACUAUGUGAAUAAGAUUGAGGACAAAACAUUAAAAGACAAUAUUUCCAAUAGCAAGAAACUAGAUGUUGAUACCAUUUUAAUUGCCUUAAAAACAAUAGAAUUUGAUAUGAAGACUACUUUUGAUUUAGCUGAAAAACUUGAUUUAAAUCAGGAUUGGCACGAUAAGAAUGAAGAAAAGUAUAAGGACGAGCCUUUUGAGACUAUUCUAAAAGAAUUUUUGUCACAUUGGCUUCAUGGUGAAGGGAAGUCUCCUAAAACAUAUGGAACACUACGUACUGCUUUGACAACUUUGACCAACAAGUAUGAUACAUUGAUUGAAAAGACUUUUCCUGCCAGUAUUUAAAUUGCAACUUAAAUCUGCUGUACUUUGUUUUAAAAUUUUGUACGCUGUUAUUUUAAAAACUUUUAACUUAUAUCUAAUUAUUUAUACCAAUUAAAAUUUGUGAAGUGAGAUUAUUAUUAAUUUUAUCAAACUUAAUCAUUUGUUGUCUAUUAUUUAACUUUGACAAAAAUGUUUGUUUCAACACUA